AGGUUAGUAAACUAAAAUGGUUGAUGAGAGUUAUGUGUGAUGAUGAAUUUCUCAAGUGUUUGUACUACUGAAAAAUCUGCAUAAAUCUCUCGUCGCUGUUGAUCGAAAUUUCCAAGAUAUAUUGAUUUCCAUUUCUCCAAUUAUCUGUUUCUAAAAUCUUCCAUGUUUCGAAUGCAAACUAGUUCCGUUAGGGAGUGAAUACGAAGAAUAUGAAAGUUCCAAACGUUCCAGGUGGUGGUGUUUCCUCUGCAAUGAUGAAAUUGGGAAUUGUUGGUGGAAUUGGCUUGUAUGCUGUUACUAACAGUCUUUACAAUGUUGAAGGAGGUCACCGAGCUAUUGUUUUCAACCGUCUAGUUGGUAUCAAAGACAAGGUUUACCCCGAAGGGACACACUUUGUAAUUCCAUGGUUUGAGAGGCCUGUCAUCUACGAUGUCCGUGCGCAUCCCCAUAAUGUUCAGUGUACAUCAGGUAGUCGUGAUCUCCAGAUGGUGAAAAUUGGGCUUCGAGUCCUUACUCGUCCUUUGCCCAACCAGUUACCUACAGUUUAUCGGACCCUUGGAGAGAAUUAUAAUGAAAAGGUUUUACCUUCGAUCAUACAUGAAACUUUGAAAGCUGUGGUCGCCCAGUACAAUGCCAGCCAGCUUAUUACACAGCGAGAGGCUGUUAGUCGAGAAAUCCGGAAGAUUCUGACUGAGAGGGCAGCCAACUUCAAUAUUGCCCUUGAUGAUGUGUCCAUUACUAGCCUGACCUUUGAAAAGGAGUUCACUGCUGCAAUUGAAGCUAAACAGGUGGCUGCACAAGAAGCUGAGAGAGCUAAAUUUGUUGUUGAAAAGGCUGAGCAAGACAAGAAAAGUGCUAUAAUUAGAGCACAGGGUGAGGCUAAAAGUGCUCAACUGAUUGGACAAGCCAUUGCCAACAAUCCAGCUUUCAUCGCACUGAGGAAGAUAGAAGCCGCGAGAGAGAUUGCUCAUACUAUAUCAAAUGCAGCAAACAAGGUUUACUUGAAUUCAAAUGAUCUUUUGCUGAAUCUUCAGGAGAUGAAUCUGGAGCCUGGCAGGAAGUGAGCUGGUUCUCUUUAAUUUUCAAGGAUCAAUUUCAGAAUUUAAUAUUUCGUGAAAAGUCUCCUGAAUUAUGAUAUAGUUGGCAUGGAUAAACAAUUGAAUGACAACCUUUAUAUAUUUUUGGGAGAGGGAUCAUUUGAGUAUGAUACACAAACAAAUUCUUCACUUUACAUAAAAUGAAAUACCUUUAGCUACUGAAUCUGUCAUCUUGAUUUUAUUUUGCCGCCUUAAAUAAGUUGGAUUGUCGAAAUUUAUAUUUUGCA